GCUGCGCCGCUUCCUCCAGAGUCCCCGGCACAUCGGACGUGGCAGGGCCGGUCCAGGUCGGGAGUGCCGCAGACAGAGGUCCCCCAGGCGGACCUUCCGUGCUGCAGUCCAGCCAGGGAGCGCCGGCCGGCCUUUGCAGCUCGGAGGGAGUCGGGAGGAUGGCUUCGGACAUGGAGUCGUCCCUGGAGGUCAGCUUCUCGUCCAGCUGUGCGGUGUCAGGGGCGCCCGGGUGUCUGCCUCCCGCCCGCUCCCGCAUCUUCAAGAUCAUCGUGAUCGGCGACUCGAACGUGGGCAAGACGUGCCUGACUUACCGCUUCUGCGCCGGCCGCUUCCCCGACCGCACCGAGGCCACCAUCGGGGUGGACUUCCGAGAGCGAGCCGUGGAGAUCGAUGGCGAGCGGAUCAAGAUCCAGCUGUGGGACACUGCAGGACAAGAACGGUUCAGGAAGAGCAUGGUUCAGCACUACUACAGGAAUGUGCAUGCUGUCGUCUUCGUGUAUGACAUGACCAACAUGGCCAGCUUCCACAGCCUGCCAUCUUGGAUCGAGGAAUGCAAACAACACCUGCUGGCAAGCGACAUACCUCGCAUUCUGGUUGGAAACAAAUGUGACUUGAGAAGCGCCAUUCAGGUGCCCACAGACUUGGCACAGAAGUUUGCUGACACACACAGUAUGCCUUUGUUUGAGACCUCUGCUAAAAAUCCCAAUGAUAAUGACCACGUAGAAGCUAUAUUUAUGACACUGGCUCAUAAGCUGAAGAGCCACAAGCCGUUGAUGCUCAGCCAACCACCUGAUAACAGAAUUAGCCUGAAACCGGAAACAAAGCCAGCGGUGCCGUGCUGGUGCUAGGUCGCAGGUAUCGCGUCCCGGGGCUGACCGGAGGGACGCUUCUGAUAAGUGUAAUUAAGUCUGUAAGAUUAAAUCUGAAAUACAACGGAGCGUCCUGUUCUUGGCAUUGCUAUGCUGCCUUUUGUAUUCUGCAUCCUCUUAACAAGUCUGUCACCAUGACAAUGCGGGGAGAGGGCCCGUGUACAGCGGGAUGAGCCAGGCCGUCUUUCCGGUGCAGCCCGGUGAAGGCGGCCCAAGUGUCCCUGGACCAUCGAAGAAAUGCUGCGUAGAGCUAAAGGCAAAUGACGAGCUACUAAGGUGCUUUUAUUUUUCCUUGGCAUCUAAGCACUAAAAACCAAUCAGAGGAAUCCAGACAGUUCUGACGGGAGUUUAUUUUAGCCAUGACUUUUAAUUGAAAUAUCAGAUCUUUACCAAGCUGGGUCCUGGUGCCCCCUGUCCCCUGCUCCUAGACAGUUGGCUGACCCGGGGCUGGAUUCAGUCAGCAUCCAUAUGGCGGAGAGCUGAGAGCACGCCUCGAGUUGCUGAGCCUACAUGUAUUCCUGUAAUAGUGUUGUUGGGUCAGUUUUUCUAAAUGUUUGAAUUUUAUGGCCACAAACUGUUCCUUGGUAUGAAAAAAUGAAUUCAAUAUUGAAAAAUAUCUUGCCUGUCCCUCAGUGGUGAAAGAAAUAGUUUAAAAUUUUUUUUUGCCCUAAAUACUUUUAGUUUGAAUUUAAGACUUUGCACAAAGAAAAUAGCACGUUUGCAUAUGAAGCUGUUUGCAGAAUGGAGUGUAAGGCAUGUUUAGCCUAAGCGUGCACAUCCUCAUUUUGACAGCUUGCAGCCCUGGGCAGUUUUAGAGAAAAUUAUGCCAAAAUAGAUUUUACAUAAAUAUUUUCAGAAUGUGGGAAAUAAAGGUACUCUGACCUAGUUUCAGAUUUUUGUUUCAUUGUUCUGAAGGUCCCAAUUGGAAAAUUCAGUUACAAAUGCAAACUUUUUCUACUUAAUAAAAACUAAAUGAAGAUAAAACUUUGAAGAAAUGAUUGCACAAUUUUAAAUAUUAGGGCCCAAGUUGGCUUUAUUUGCAUUUAGAGAGAUUUUUCUUUUUCUUCUUUUUAAAUACGGGGGGGGGGUCUCACUUUAUAGGCCUGACUGGCCUGGGACCAAGAUGGCCUCAGACUUACAGAUAUCCAUCCACCUGCCUCAUCCUCCAACUGCUGGGAUUAAAGGCUUGUGUCACCAGAACUAGCCUAAUACAUUUUUCUCAAUCACACUAGGAUUAAUGACUAAACUAACGCUGACUUGUGAACUAUUUUUCUGGAGAAACAUAAUGGCUGUAGUAACUGGCGGCUGGACAAGUGUUUUACAGAAGGGAGCCUCUGUUCAUUGUUUGCAACACUUUGUACAACUGGGGAGGGACAGAUAGGCUUUCCCAGCCCAGCUCUGCUUUGCUCCUUACUGUUCUCAGCUCUGUUUCUUCAGUACUAUUAAUGCAUUACUUUUCUUUUUAAAGUAACAGACUGUUUCUCUUUUUUUUGGGGGGGGGGGCGGGGCUGGAAUUUCAAGACAGGGUUUUACUGUGUAGCUUUUUUGGAGCCUGUCCUGGAACUUGCUCUGUAGACCAGGCUGACCUCGAACUCACAGAGAUCCACCUUCCUCUGCCUCCCUAGUGCUGAGAUUAAAGGCGUGCGCCACCACUGCCUAGCAGGCUAUUUCUUUUAUAAGGAGUAAAUGAGCAUUUUUUUACAAUUCUGUGAAAAGCAUCGUUUUUUUUUUCCACUUUAGUAUUUAUUAAUUAAAACAUUUGUAUCUUAUUUGUAAUGACUUAUCACUUUAGUUUUUAAUUAAUUAAUUAAAAACCACUUUAGUUUUUAAUUCUUUAUUUUAAAAAGAUACUUAUCAGGUGAGCAAGAUUAGGCCUUUAGCCAAAGUGUUUAUAAAGCACUUACUGACUGUUGACAUCACUUCCAAAAUGAUGGUGAACUGACAUCUAGUUAUUAAUUUUUUAAGCACAAAUCACACAUUUUGUACUUCUGUGAAUUUAUUUUAACUGACAUUUAUUCAGAAGUAUCAGAUGUUUUAUUAAGAUCUUAAUUUGAGAACACCAAAGCAAACUACUUUAGAAUCUGUUGUGGUCACCUCCACAUUGCUUGAUUGUCUGUACUGCUCUUUCAUAUUUCCUCGACAAGUUCAGUAGUUUUGCUAUGAACCAGUGUCCCUCUUACAUUUCUCCCAUGAAGUACAAUAAACCAUCUUUGCCACAAA